UCUCUCUCUAAUUUUUCCCAUUAACAGAGAGAGAGAGAAACAAGAGGUUGGAGAAAGGGAGUGAGAGAGAUGGGGACAAACAGUUGCUUUGGUAUGAUUAUGGAAGAAGGUAACAACCCAGGAUUCUUCAAAGUUCUUAGAAAGGAAGAUCUAUCAUCUCAAACCAUGAGAGAAAUCCCUCAAGAAUUCUUGAAAAGCAUCUCAGCCAAUGAGUUCUCCUUUAAGAUGGUCUUAAAGUUGCCAUGGGGAAGCUCAUGGAGAAUCAAGCUCUCCAAAUCCCAAAGCUUCUUCUACUACAUGGAGAAAAACGGAUGGGACCAGUUUUUGAGCGACAAUGGUUUAGGUGAUGACGAGCUUCUCACAUUCACGCACAAGGGUAACAUGUGCUUUAACGUAACCAUCUACCAGAUAAACUGCCUCGAGAUGCUUGGACCCACAAGAUCUGCAACCAUUGCUUCGUCCAGUGGAAACAAGAGAGAACAAGGGAGAGAGUCGUUGUCUGCAUCAAGCUAUCCUGUCUCAGAAACAGCUGAAUCUACAGUAGGAGGAAGAUUGAGAAAGAAACGUGAGCUUAUUAACUUGGGAAAGAAGCAAGUUAAAGAAGCUGAAAAAUCAAACAAGAGUAAAAAGAGGAAGAUGGAUACUAACAGUGACGACUCUGAAGCUGGCACUUCGUCUCAUGUUCCAGAGUUUACGCUCACCAUAAAGAAAUCAUACGUCCUGUUCUUGGGGAUACCAAAGAGGUUUGCGGAGAGGCAUAUGCCGAUGGAGGAAACCGUGUUCACGAUUCAUGAUUCAAAAGGGAAGAAGUCAUGGGAGGUUAUGUACGUGGUCUCUAAGAUACAGUCAAGAUUCUCUCGUGGAUGGCCUCGUUUGGUUAAAGAUUUUGGUUUAGAGGUCGGUGAUGUUUGCACCUUCCAGCUCAUUAAACCGACCGAGAUGAUUCUCAGUGUCUCCAACUCCAUGUAGUUCAGAUGAUCUUAGUUAAUGUGUUAUAAACCAAACCUUUAUGUUGUCUUUGUUGUGUUUGUUGUCUGUAUGCAUUUGUUUCUUCUCUCCGGU